GCCAUUUGCACUUACCUGGUGACCAGAUUCUCAAAGGGUGACAGCGCCCUCUACCCGCGGGAUGCUGUGACACGUGCCAGGAUAGACAGUCUUCUGUAUUUCGACAAUGCUACGUUCUUCCCGCGUUUUAGGGCGUUCAUGCACUCCCAACUGGGCGGCAAACGCGACCCCACCUACGACGAGAAAAAGGAGAAAUUCCAAGAGUGUCUGCGCUGGCUCGAAAAGUUCCUCUCGCGGGCUGAUUUCGCGGCCGCCACUGACCACAUCACGGUGGCGGACUUGGCGCUAGUUCCUCCAGUGACUUCGGUGAUCGAGACUGGCUUCAUUCCCGACGAAUACACGAGGAUUUACGAAUGGGUGAAGAGGUGCGAAGAGGGAAUGGCCGGAUACGAAGAAGCGAACGGCAAGGGAGCUCGGCUGGUCGGAAAGCGCAUCAGGGGAAUGAUCAGCAGUCAGUCAUAGGGUAGUGGAAAGUAAGCACAGUAGCUGAGCUUUCACAUAUGUACUUAGGAAGAAAAAAAUAUGGAUAGGGAGGCAAUACAGGUCAGCAUUUGUGUGUACUUAGAUGAAAAAAGUAUAGAUAGGCAGGCAAUGUAGCUGAGCUGUAUUUAAAUUAAAAACUAUAAAAAACUAUACUGUAGACAAGCAGGCUGAGCUGUACUUAGAUAAAAAAGUAUAGAUAGGCAGGCAAUACAGCCAAGCUUUUGUGUGUACUUAGGAAGAAGCAAAGAUCGGCAGGAAGUAUAGCUCAUCUUUUGUAUGUACUAUGUAGUAAAGGUAAAAUGUGUAGAUUACUUGUAUGUAUAUUUUACCAUAAUCUUUUCCUCGCAUUCUAAUUUUCUCCGUCGCUGAGAAUUCAGCUGUCAAAAUAUGCAAUAUUCUGUACUUUUAAAUUUGUACUUUAUAAAUACAUUUGUUCAGUCUUGUGUAUGAAAAUGAUUCAUGCGCAUGUGUAAAUAAAA